CACUCUGAUUGGAGGAGGACCAUGUGGGCGUGGUCAUAUCAUACAGAAGUGCUUUCCGGUAAGGAGUGCAUGCGUCAUUCUCUCCUAAAGAGGAGCGUUCACAUCUAAGUUUCUUUGAAGAUUAAGCAAGAACCGUGUCCACUGCAACCACUUGAUUAGUCUUGAAACAAAAUUCCCCAAAAUUUUGUUUCAUUGUUGUGCUCUGUAGGAAGAAUCUUUUUUUUGUUGUUGCAAACACCCAUAAAAUAGACACAGAAUGGAAAGAGGAGACGUUGUACUCAAGGCCAAAUUGGCUGAGCAAGCUGAGCGCUAUGAUGAUAUGGUGGCUUGUAUGAGGGAAGUGACCAAGGCUGGCCACGAACUCUCUAACGAAGAAAGGAACUUGCUGUCUGUUGCCUACAAGAACGUCGUGGGCACACGCAGGUUGGCCUGGAGGGUCAUAUCCAACAUUGAGAGUAAUACUGAAGAGAGUGACAAGAAGCCUGAGGUGAUCAAAGAAUACCGAGAGAAAGUGGAGCAAGAACUCAGAGAGAUCUGCAAUGAUGUACUGGAGCUGCUGAGUAAAUAUCUAAUAGAAAAUUCCACGAAUCCUGAAAACAAGGUGUUUUACCUGAAGAUGAAGGGAGACUAUUUCAGAUACCUUGCUGAAGUGGCCCCUAAAGAUGAUAAAUCUGCUAUAGCUGACUCUCAGAAAGCCUACCAAGAGGCAUUUGAUCUGAGCAAGAGUGAGAUGCAGCCAACACACCCCAUUCACCUGGGCCUCGCCCUGAACUUUUCUGUCUUCUACUACGAGAUUCUCGGCUCUCCAGACAAGGCUUGCAACCUUGCCAAAGAGGUUCUUGAAAAAGCCUCAGCAGAGGUCAAUUCACUUAAUGAAGAGUCUUUUAAAGACAGCACCAUCAUCAUACAGCUGCUGAGAGACAACCUCUCGUUAUGGACAUCUGAUAAAGGAGAGGAAAAUGAAAGUCAGCAGAGCUGAAACUUCCCUGCCUUCAGAUUAGAUGGGGGGGACAAAUUAUCUAAUAGGAUGAAAAUCAUACUUUUAAAAAUCCAUCACCUUAUACAGUUGACUACUGCACAUCAGUGGUGCUAAUUAUGCUACGUUAUAGGUUAUACCAUUGUUAGUCAGUCAAAGUUCUAAUGCUUUUAAUGCAAAAGCAAAAAAAAACAAAAAAACCCAAAAUCUCAAGAUUCUCCCUUGGGGAAAUUAAGAAUUCACAUUUACACCAGUAGAUUUUACUUUAACAUUUGAGUAAUGUGUUUUGCCUACAGGUUAUACAGUAUAUGCAUAUAGUUCAAUAUGCUCAUUUGUAUCAUGGCUUUAGCAAUGAUUUGGUGACUUAUUGGUGUAAUUUCUUAAUGGGGAAUCAAAUGCUGAGUUUCUGAUCUUUAGAAUGAUGGGGCUAUCUGUAUCUUUUGUACUGAAGCAACUACUGAUGAUAUUCAAAAGUCCCAAAUGCUUGGUCAUAUGCACAACCCAAAAACUCGCAUGAAAACAACAACCAUUACAAAAAAUUUGAAUGUAAAUUCAAACAUUUAACAUCAACCAGUAAAACUCAGGAAUGAGGCUCUCAGAUUUUCCAAGAUCUAAAAAAUUUUUUCAAUAGAUUUUCCAAGUUGAGAAAGGCCAAAAUCUUAAAAGGAUUUCAGUUCACACUUUCAUAACAGUCAUAACCAUAAUUAUAUGGCACUUCAAAUUGUAACCCAUUAGUGGUAUGAUUUGGAAGAUGAGUAAUAUAAAAUGUAUACAAAAUGUUAUUAUUUUAUAUUACUUUUUAUAUUACCAUGUUUUAUAAAAAAUAAAAAACUUGGUAAUAUCUAAGCCUUCAGGUUGAAUGAGUACAGAGUGGAGUGAUGUGCAAGAGCUCGACAAAAACAAAAGCUCUGUGACGAACAAUAUCCAACAUGUGACGACAACAAUGUGGUAAAUGUAGAUUCGGCUACUCAUUGUCUAAUAGAGAAAAAUACUUGAGUGUUCAUCAGUAUAAAAUAACACAAUUGUCCUAUUGUAUGUGCACAGCUAUUAAUUCUGCAUUUUAUCAGCAUUCUUUCAACAUUGAACAUGAAUUUAUUAACUUUUUACAGUUUGGUAAUUUUAUUGCUUUUGAUAGUGGCUUAAAUUCAAGGCUUAUGUUGCAUGAAUUAGAAAUGAAACAAGCAGCAGUUUGAUAUUUUAACAAUGAAUGGUAUGGAAGUUAAAUAAGGUAUGUUCUCAUGCAUGUUCUUAUGGAUAUAAAUAAUCCUCCAAAUAAUGUCAUGGCAAGAACAGUUUAAUACUUUUCAUAGCAUGCUGGAUAAAUGUGAGAGUUUGAGUGGGUGCUCAGAUAGAUUUUGGAACACAAAUUUGUUUUGCUAGUCAACAAUUACAGUCAUAAUCACCUUCUUGUCUGUUCAUGGUUCACAUCUGUUAUCCUAAUGCCACCUUUAUAAAAUGACAACUGAAUUGGAAUUGAAAAAAGAAAAUGGAAAUGUUGCAGAAAUAAAGAUGGGAAACACUU